AUGCGGCGGGACACAGUGCAUUAUUUGAAGUCGAUAAUUUCCGAGCGUUUUACUGUAUCGCCGCCGAAGAGCUUCCCGGGAAUGGCGGAGUCAACAUUCUUGUCUAGAUCUUUUGCAGAUCAAGGGGUGAAAUUGAGGAUUCGAAAGGAACCCCGCACAUUAAUAAAACGGCCGAUCCCUCGUGCCGAGGAUUUCCCACAGCCACUUCCUCCUCGCUCCCCAGAUCGGACUGCAAUUCAAAUGUCAGGGAAUGCGUUUGGUGGUUAUCCAACAGCGGGACGAGAUUAUGGUUACUACGGGGGACCUGUCAAACGGCAGCGCACGUCGAUCGACUACGGCAAUCGAGCAAUGUACGAUGCCGAUUCACGAAUGCGUCAAAUGGAAGCGUACCCGCAGGCUGCGACCAUGUACUCGAACCAACCCGGACCUUAUGGAACGCCUAUGAUGCAGUAUCCCACAGGCCACACCGGAGUUCCUGAAUACGCGGUUCGUCAGCCUCAGCCCGUACCAACUCCCACGUCAUUUGACAGUCCAUCCACGGGUACAGUGACGUCUUCGGAGCUCGGGCUUCCUGGCUAUGCACCUGGCUUACACGGAGCGCAGAUUUCAUACGGUAUCCCCUCGGCCCAAGUUUCCCCAAUGCAAGACCCGGCGGGCCAUAGCCGGGCCAGUCAACAGGCCACCAUGCAGUCUCUGGGAAUGGUGAAUCCGACAGGUACUCCCGUACGGACGACGUCGACCCCCAACUCUCAAGGACACAUAGCUGACGACCGUUGA